UCAAGAAUGGGAUGUAAUGUUAGUAUAAAUGAGGACAAGGCAAUUGUUCGCGACAGGGACCGUAAUGACUACGAGAAAAACGCCCCGAUAGUCAGUGAAGCAGAGAAAAUGAUCAUUCAAAACAAUUGGCAGACUUUGAAAUUGCAUAUUGCAAACAUUGGAGUAAUAACGUACGUAAGUUUGUUUGAGAGCCGUCCUGAACUUAUCAAUACGUUUUCGAAAUUUGAAGGGAAAGAUGUGUACAAAUUACAAGAAUCCGGGUUGCUUCAGAAGCAUGCACUCCGAGUAAUGGCAACCAUAGAUAAAUGUGUCACGUGUAUCAACGAGCAUGUCAAAUUGAUUCAUAUUUUAAGGGAAGUAGGCCAUUAUCACAGACAGAACAAUGUUCGUUCUAUUGAUAUACAGGUAAUAUUACCACAUUUUCUUUGUGCAAUGAAGCCGUAUAGCCAGGGCAAGUGGUGUGAAGAAAUACAAAGGGCGUGGGCAAACUUUCUGUCGUUUAUAGUGUAUUAUAUUCAACGUGGCAUGCAACAGAAGCACGAAGAUAGUGUGAACAAUCAUUUUUAAGUGUGAAUGUUUAGAAAAUACAUUUGAAAAGACUUGCAUCAACAACGAUUCGCGUAUUAUAUAUUUGAAAUAAUAGCAUGAGUGUUAAAAAGUGAUUUGCAUAUUGUAUAUUAAAAUUACUAGCAUUUAUUGUAAAGAGGUGAUAUUAGAAUUGCAAUU